AGCCACACUCAGCACACGCAGGAUAUGCACAUGCACAUCCACCCUUGCAGUCCAGUGGGCGAUAGCCUGCACGCGUACGAUCCCUAGAGAGAUGGCAUAUGCAAGAUCAAUAGUGAGACCAUGAGGGACAGCAUUUAAGGCUGAGGAGGAGGACGGAGUGGGUGGAGAGUGGAGGAGGCAAGAGGAGGAGGAAGUGGGCUGACUCACAUCACUGUGCUGUGGCACACUGCUGGCUCCUGCCACUCCCGCCAUGGAUUACUGCUUGCCAACAAGAAUUCUUUGUGGAUGAGAAACGAUGGCGAUUGUGCGGUGAAAGUCGUUUCGUCCCCGGGUGAAGAAGGACAGUGACUGGAGUAGGCAAGCGGCUGUCAGGGGAGCUCAUGGGUCGUGCGUGGUGACGAGAGACGAGAGACCAUGCUGCCGCGCCGGGGUUUGUCCCGGGUCGGUGGAGGUGGGGGGGCCGCCGGAGGUAUAAAGGGAGAGGGGGGCGGUCAGGGAGGCCGCUCCAAAGGGGAGCCUCCCACUCCACUUUUGGGGGGGGGGCGGGGAUCCAAGGGGGGAGAGUGCGGCACCCCCGAGGCGCUCAUCGACUCGCUGCAGGCCGCCAACGAGGACCUGCGGGCAAAGCUUACCGACAUUCAGAUCGAGCUACAGCAGGAAAAGGGGAAGGUGUCACGCUUGGAGAGGGAGAAGGUGCAGGAGGUUCGGUAUGCCCGCGACCAGGAGCAGAAACGGCACGCGGCACUGCACACUGAGCUGAAGGCGAAGCUGCACGAGGAGAAGCUCAAGGACGUGCAGGCUGUGCGCGAGUCUCUCAUCCGGACGCACGAGAUGGAGCUGGUGCGCGUGAUUAAGAUGAAAGAUGGCGAGAUCCACCGGUUGCAAGGGGCCCUGGUGACCCUCCGCGAUGGGGCCCAGGACAAGGUGAAGGCUGCCCUGCAGGCCGAAGCGAGGGAGGACGCGCGGCGGGCCUGGGAGGGCGAGCGAGCGCGGCUGCUGCACGACCUGGAGACGCUCAAGGCCGCCAAAAAACAGGUGGAGGAGAUGUUGACGCACACGGUAACAGCCGACAAGCAAAAGGCGGCCGAUCUGCGGACAUCGCACCACGCGCACCAGGAGGAGGUCACCCGUAUCAAGCGGGACAGCGAGCGAGACAUUCGGCGACUGAUGGACGAGUUGAAGUCUCGUGAGCGCUCGGUGCUAUCGCUGGAGCGUGAGCUUGGGGCACAGGCUGGCUAUGCCCAGCGGCUUGCACUGCAGAGAGAAGCGCUGGACGAGGCCAGCGAACGUCGCAAUGCUGGCAGCCCCAAACGAGAGAUACCAGCCGCUGUAGCGAACAGCGGCGGGGUCACAGGGGGCGCCGGGGGUGACUGCAUGGAUCGCACACCAGACCUGGAGGGGCACCUGGAGGAGCGAGAUGUGCGGCGGUUCCAGCUGAGGAUCGGUGAGCUGCACGGGGUGGUCCGCAAGCUGGAAGACCGCAACGCGCUCCUGGCUGACGAAAGGAAUGAGCUGCUUAAGCGUGUUCGGGAGACAGAGGCCCAACUGAAGCCGCUACUGGACAAAAACCGGCGCCUUGCCAAGAAGUGCGAUGACUUGGUAGCCGCCCAGCAGCGGCAGGAGGAGAGGGUGCGUGGCCUCUCGCGGGAAAACCUCGAGCUGAAGGAGAAGGUCAGUGUGCAGUCGGCAGCGGCACAGCUAGCUCAUGCCGCCAUGGCAACCCAGCAGCAGACCGCGCAGCAGAGAUCUGGCGCCAGCAACCAAGGCAGCGAAACGACCGGCAGCCACACGGUGACGCAGCCCACACAAGCAGUCCCAUACCUACACGGUGCAACUGUCCCAAGGCCCACGACGGCGAGCCAGACGGCGUGCGUCGCUUGCGGUCCCCCGAGUGGCCACGAAGAAAUGGAGGAGGGGGACGAGGCCGACGAAAAUGAGAUAGAGUUCCUCAGGCUGCAGGUUGCCGAGCAGCAGAACAUCAUCGACGACCUCACCAAGGCUCUGCAGUCUGCGGCCUAUGACCGCAACGCGAUGGAGCUGGACAUCAUCCGCUGGCAGCGCAAGCAGAAGAGGCGCAGCUCUCGGAGCAGCAAGAGGAUCCUGACUCAGAAGUUGGUGGGGGUGGAGCGGGAGAUGUCCCUGGACUCCGACUCCUCCUCCUAUGCCACCGACCGCACGGCUGGCACACCGGGCACGCCCGACACUGACAUGGACGAGCAGCGAGCUCCAGAGCAACCGAGCAUGGCACGUGAAGAGACGGAGCUGCGGUUCCGCCACCUCAUGCACGAGUACCAGGCGCUGCAGAGGGCCUACUCGCUCCUGCACGAGCAGCUGGGGGGUGGCCUGGACGCCGAGAGGGACACGCUCACACGGGAGCAGCUGCAGGCCGACUUGCUGAAGUACCAGGCACGAGUAGAGGAUCUGGAGAGGGCCCUGUCCCAGAGAGGCCAGGUGACUCAGGCUGACGGCAGCACAGAUGCGACCUGGGUCGAGGAGAAGCAGCAAUUGUGCAGGCGGAAUCAGGAGCUUCUGCAGAAGCUCCAUGAGCUUGAAAACGACGAGAACUCCCUGAAGCAGGAGGUCCAGGACCUGCAGGACCAGAACGAGCUCAUGGAGUUCCGCAUACUCGAGUUGGAGGAGCGGGAGCGCCGGUCCCCAGGACUCAGCCUCCUCCUUCCCCCGUUCCGCGAAGGGGACAGUCCUCUGCAGUGGUACUGUGCUCGCGAGGCAGCCAUGGAAGUGUCCAUUCAUGAGCUGAUGAAAAAGUUGGACUUGCUGGGCGACAACGCUAACCUGAGAAACGAUGAGCAGGUGGCUGUGAUUCAAGCACGCACGGUGCUCUCUCUUGCCGACAAGUGGCUGCACCAGAUCGAGGGGACUGAGAUUGCACUGCAGCAGAAAAUGAUUGAUCUGGAGAAUGAGAAGGAGAUGUUUGUGAAGCAGAAGCGGUACCUGGAGGAGGAGCUCGACUACAGGAAGCAAGCGCUGGACCAGGCGUACAUGCGAGUGCGGGAGCUGGAGGCGACGCUCUACAGCGCCCUGCAGCAAAAGCCCCCUGCCGGCUCCUCUGCCACGACGCCGAGCGGGGUCCGGGGGGGAGCGGCGGUGUCCAUCGCGGCGGCGGCGGCCACGUGCGGGGUCGGCGCCGGGCCCGCGCUGGGAGCGGCCUCCGCGUUCGGGCCGGCGGGGGGGAGGCUGUGCUCCUCAGGGGCGGCCGGUCUGCUGGUGGGGGGCGGAGGAGGAGGAGGAGGGGAGUGCCUGGGCGGCCUGGGCGGCGCGGCCGUCGGGACCGGAGGGGGCCUCUCGGACAAGGAGAGGGAGCACCUGCAGGGCGCCGUCGAGCAGUGGAAGCGGCAGGUGCUGGGACAGAUCCGCGAGUACGACGCACGGGUGCUGCGGGAGCGCAUGGAGUCGCUGCAGCACGCGCACAAGAAGAUCAGGGACCUGGAGAAGAAGCUGGAGAGGCAGAGAGAGCAGAUCAAGGACCUGGAGGAGAAGUUUUUGUUUUUAUUUUUGUUUUUCUCGCUAGCCUUCAUCAUCUGGUCCUAGCAGCGCCGGGCGCCGCAGCAUGCCGGCCGGUGAGGGGCCUUGCGGCCCUGAGGCUGAGCUCAGGGAAGAGGUCGCAUGUCUGACGGGGGAGGUGCAGCGAUUGCAGCGGGAGAACCGUCUCCUCCAGCACGUCCUUCAUGCCGCCGCCGACAAUCAGCAUCGCCGAGGCGACUUCACAAGGGG